ACCAAGCCCCUGGUUGAUUUGGUUAGGAGGGCAUUGAGCUAAAUCAUUAGUUACGUCCGAGGGGGUGGGGGAUAGAAUGGUGUUAAGGGUCUUUUAGUCCCUUACACAUGAAACAGAACGGACUUGAUGUCUGAACCGACAGUCUCAUGUUCUCAAUCUUUAUUCGAUCAACCCAGAUUAUAUCAGACAUCAAGUAAUCAUUUUCUUUCCUUGUUUGAAGAGUUUUGUUCAUCUCCAAUGGAACAACAAAACAAUAAAACCAAUGCCCCCAGGAAGAUGAGAUUUGCACCGAAAGCUCCUCCUCGCCGAGCACCAAAGCUCGAGGUUAAAACUGAAGUGGUCGAAGACAUUGACGCUGUUCAGGCCAGGGAUUUGCUGCAACGUUUAAAUUUACAUGCGUUUGCCAAUUUUUAUUGCCAUUUUCUUCACGUUUAUCUGGCAUUGAUUAUCUUGUUAUGUUCUUUUCCUUUGAUCUUUUUAUUUCUUUUCUCACAGCAAACUUCUGCAAAGACUAAGCCGAAAGUUGAAAAGAAAGGCUUGAAUUGCGUGUUUGCCCAGGAUUUUGUAGCUGUUAAUACUGCAGAGAGGCAUUGUUGUGUUGUUGGGGAGCUUAACAAGCACGCUGCCUUAACCCCAGAUGUGAAUUCUGUUUUGAAUAGUUUGGCUGAUCUUUAAUGGCUUUUGCUCCUUCGGAUUUGGUUAUUAGUUUACAGAAGAAAUCGAGAACAAAAAAUGUUCUAAAAACAAAAUUAUAUGGUUAUUGAUUCUUCAGGAAAAAGGAAAAUGAAUACUCAGUCAAGAUCUGGGUUUCAAAAUAAAGAACUAUUGACUCAGUCGAUUUGUCACAAAAAAUACUAAUGAAAUACUCUAAAUCAAAUUCUACCAAGUAGUUCUUCUUCUUAUGCAUUUGGAUUUUGACAUUCAUGUGAGCUGCACAAGAGUUGUAUAUGAUUGGAAUUGCUUCCAAAAGAUUCUAUUGAUUAUGGCAUAGAGAUCAAAAUCCUGAGUUUUCCUGAUCCCUUUAUUUUUCAGUGGGAAACAACUACGAACUUUUAACUAAA